AUGGCGUUGAAGUCAGUCAGUGUUGCUGGGGAAGUUAGCGAAGCCAAAGUGAAGGAAACCACCAUAGCGGCAGUAUUUCCAAAUUGGCUUGAUCUUCCGACGGCUGUGACUGCCAAUAUUCUCCAGAAGGUGGGACACGUAGAUGUUCUGAAGAGUGUGCAGUUUGUAUGCACUGGGUGGCACUGUAUUUCUAUGGAUCCCCUCUUCUGGCGCACUAUUUGCGCAACCGCUCCCAAAACCUACCUCGACCUCGUUGUCGGGAAACAUGGCUUUUAUGGUAUUAAAGCCAUUAAUCGAAGUUGUAGUCAAUUGGAGGACAUUAGUAUUGCUUAUCCUACUGCAUCAAUACUCCGCCACAUUUCUAACAGUGGAAAGAAUCUAAGGCGUAUGAGGCUAGAACGUUGUUCGCCUAAUUCAUUCUGUUUUUACUUUGGUUUAUCAAAUCGUGAAUUAAUAGAAGCUGCUAAGAAACUUCCGCUGUUGGAGGAGCUUGAGUUUUUACAUCCCGAACUCACUGAGUGUGACGACGAAGAGGCUUUCCACAUAGCGAAAUAUAUGCCGAAUCUGCGCCAUUUAACACUCUUGCGAAACAGGCUUACUAAUGCUGGCUUGCUUGCCAUUCUUAAUGGAUGCUCCCACAUUGAUUUUCUUGACGUGAGAGGUUGUUUCAACCUUGACUUGGAGGACACCAGUUUGGGGAAAAGCUGUGCAGCGCAGAUCAAAGAAUUACGGCUUCCGCAUGAGUAUCUAGCUGAAUCUUCUGACAAUGAGUUUGACAUUACUACAAAUUCGGAUCUUCGGAAUUCUUCUGUUCCCUUCAUGGAAGAAGAAUCAAGUUAUUUUUGGGAGGAAGAAUUGUUGUCAUCAAUUGGGGAAGAGUUUCAGGGUCCGGAUGAGUACGUAUCUUGAUCGAUCCUGGUACCUGACUUAAGCAACUUCUGAUGAUAAGGAUGAUCAUGCCGACUUUUUUGUGAUAUGUGUUGUGAUUGUGGACUCAGAGUCAAGUGAAGAUGAUGAAGCAUUUGCAUUUAGAAUGGUGGUGGAAUUUUAUGUAAUACUGUAGUUGCGAGCAAUGUUCUUAAAUGAUUUCUUGUGACUACUUUACAAUGCUGCAAUGUUU